AUGCAUUUUAUGUUGAUAGGUCGUGGUGUGUUUGCCCUGUCCCCAUUUCGAAAAGGGGAUUUUGUCGUGGAAUACAGAGGAGAAUUGAUAGACUCUGCUGAAUCUGAAGCUAGGAGGAAGAAGUAUCAUCCAUCACAGGCAGUUUUUAUGUUUGACUUCUACUGGCAUGGCAAAAAAUGGUGCAUUGAUGCUGCUGUGGAAAAUGGAUCGUUGGGGAGGCUAGUCAAUGAUGACCAUGUUAAUCCUAACUGCCGGGUGAAAAAAAUUGUUGCAGAUGGAAAGCCACAUCUAGUCCUGUUUGCUUUUCAAAACAUAGAGAGAGGAGAUGAACUCACAUAUGAUUAUGGCGGAAUUGAUUGGCCUUGGAGGGUUGAUAAACACAACAACAAGGAACUGGUGGAAAGUUCCAACACAAGGGUACAACACACCAAUGAGGUUUCCCCUUCAAUUCUGAAGGUUGAUGGUGGGCAUUCUACCAAUGUGGCCUUUGAACACAACAACAAGGAACUGGUGGAAAGUUCCAACACAAGGGUACAACACACCAAUGAGGUUUCCCCUUCAAUUCUGAAGGUUGAUGGUGGGCAUUCUACCAAUGUGGCCUUUGAACACAACAACAAGGAACUGGUGGAAAGUUCCAACACAAGGGUACAACACACCAAUGAGGUUUCCCCUUCAAUUCUGAAGGUUGAUGGUGGGCAUUCUACCAAUGUGGCCUUUGAACACAACAACAAGGAACUGGUGGAAAGUUCCAACACAAGGGUACAACACACCAAUGAGGUUUCCCCUUCAAUUCUGAAGGUUGAUGGUGGGCAUUCUACCAAUGUGGCCUUUGAACACAACAACAAGGAACUGGUGGAAAGUUCCAACACAAGGGUACAACACACCAAUGAGGUUUCCCCUUCAAUUCUGAAGGUUGAUGGUGGGCAUUCUACCAAUGUGGCCUUUGAACACAACAACAAGGAACUGGUGGAAAGUUCCAACACAAGGGUACAACACACCAAUGAGGUUUCCCCUUCAAUUCUGAAGGUUGAUGGUGGGCAUUCUACCAAUGUGGCCUUUGAACACAACAACAAGGAACUGGUGGAAAGUUCCAACACAAGGGUACAACACACCAAUGAGGUUUCCCCUUCAAUUCUGAAGGUUGAUGGUGGGCAUUCUACCAAUGUGGCCUUUGAACACAACAACAAGGAACUGGUGGAAAGUUCCAACACAAGGGUACAACACACCAAUGAGGUUUCCCCUUCAAUUCUGAAGGUUGAUGGUGGGCAUUCUACCAAUGUGGCCUUUGAACACAACAACAAGGAACUGGUGGAAAGUUCCAACACAAGGGUACAACACACCAAUGAGGUUUCCCCUUCAAUUCUGAAGGUUGAUGGUGGGCAUUCUACCAAUGUGGCCUUUGAACACAACAACAAGGAACUGGUGGAAAGUUCCAACACAAGGGUACAACACACCAAUGAGGUUUCCCCUUCAAUUCUGAAGGUUGAUGGUGGGCAUUCUACCAAUGUGGCCUUUGAACACAACAACAAGGAACUGGUGGAAAGUUCCAACACAAGGGUACAACACACCAAUGAGGUUUCCCCUUCAAUUCUGAAGGUUGAUGGUGGGCAUUCUACCAAUGUGGCCUUUGAACACAACAACAAGGAACUGGUGGAAAGUUCCAACACAAGGGUACAACACACCAAUGAGGUUUCCCCUUCAAUUCUGAAGGUUGAUGGUGGGCAUUCUACCAAUGUGGCCUUUGAACACAACAACAAGGAACUGGUGGAAAGUUCCAACACAAGGGUACAACACACCAAUGAGGUUUCCCCUUCAAUUCUGAAGGUUACAAAGAAACCAAUGAAUUCCUUAGUUGAGUACACAGACUCUGAUGAAGUCACCUCUGGACCAGAUCUUUCUUCUCCACAACUUGAUACUGUUUCAGAUUUACCAUCUAGCAGCAUACAGCACCUCAGUAGUAAAAGUACUGUGCAAGGAGAACAUGUGUCACGGCUUAGGACUAAACGCAUUCUGAUGGAGGAGACUCUUAAUUGGUCUGAAGAGCUUUUUGACAGUCCAGAUGAAGAAAAUAUUCAAAUGAUUGUGCCACAAUUUAAGCGGACAAGAAAAGGUUUUGACUCAAGUACAGAUGAGGAGGAAGAUAACGUUGUACAUAAAACUGUGUCAAGACUUAGGAAGUCAAGAAGCAUUUUGGUUAAUCGGAAGAUUUCUGUUGGAUCUGAAAAAAUAAGUGAAUCAAGCCAGGACAGUGGAGAAGAAUAUGUCCCAUCCACAAGUGGGGAUAGUACGGAUAGUAACGUAAGCCAAGAUCUAUCAUUAAAAAGUCGAGCUGAUGCAACAGUACGUUGUUCACUUCCAUGUAAGCGCAAAUUCAAGACAUCUCUUGCUAAAUUCCAGGACAAUGAUAGAAUUGUUGCUAUAACACAAAGCCAACAUCAUGCUCCUGACAGCUCCACAUCAGGUAAAACUACAGUUGGAGAUGCAUCAGUACUUGUUCCUGCUGUCGUCAGAAAGAGUAAUGGAUCUCGAAUGUACAACAAGCGACAAUACUGCCUAUAUUGUAGAUCAGCGGUCCAAAAAAUAUCCAGACACUUGGAGCGUGCUCACUUAAAAGAGAUUGAGGUUUCAAGAGCAUUGAGUUUUCCAAAGGGAUCCCAUCAAAGGAAAUUGCAGCUUGAAUUUCUGAGAAACAAAGGAAACUUUGCACAUAAUGCUGAAGUUAUAAAAACAGGGUCUGGAAUUCUUGUUCCCUUCAAACAACCAAAAGAAAAAUGUGAGGGUCAAGACUUUAUUCACUGUGUCUACUGUCAAGGGUUGUUUAUGAAAAGAGUGCUUUGGAGACACAUGCAGAGCUGUAAAUUCAAACCUAGCAGUGUUAAAUCUAAACCUGGAAAAACUAGAGUCCAAUCCCUCUGUGCGUUUGCUGAACCGGCACCCUCUGUGGUUAGUGAAAGUGUUUGGAAGCUGGUGAGCAAUAUGACACAAGAUGAUAUCUCUUUUGAAGUAAAAAAUGAUCUCUGCAUCAUGGAGUUUGCAAAACAUCUAUAUAACAGGCUUGGAGCCGAUGUCAGCAAGCAUGAAUACAUUCGUCAAAAGUUGAGGGAGCUUGGUUGGCUGCGUUUACAUGGUAGAGAGGUCACACCACUGCAAACUAUCAAAGAUUAUGUCACACCAGAAAACUUCAUGCUAGCAGUUACUGCAGUAAGACACACAGCAGGUUUCAACGAGGAAACUGGCAAAUACAAAACUGCAACACUUGCUCUAAAGCUUGGACAUGGACUGAAAAAUGUGUCCAUGCUCCUUGAAACCAAUGCAAUGAUGGAAGGUGAUAAUGAUGGUGCAACAGCGGCUCGCUGCUUUCGUCAAGUGUAUGAUGCCAGGUGGAAUGAGCUCAUAUCAGCCAAAGCCUUGCAGGGCCUCACAGAGUCCAAGUGGAAUUCCCCACAGCUGUUACCUUUCACAGAAGAUGUAAGAACUCUGCAUUGCUACCUGGAUGACGCGCAGCACCGGUUCUACAGUGACUUGACAUCAGAGUGCUCAUCUUGCAACUGGGCUAACUUGACAAAAGUGACUCUGGCUCAAGUUAUUUUAUUCAACAGGCGUAGAGAAGGGGAAGUAUCAAAAAUGCCUGUUUCAACAUUCAUCCUAAGAGACAAAUCAGCUCCUCAUGAAGAUGUCAAUGUAGCUCUCUCUGAGCUAGAGAAAAGUCUCUGCAAGCAUUUUGUGAGACUUGAAAUAAGAGGUAAAAGAGGGCGGAAGGUGCCUGUGCUCUUAACCCCUGCGAUGGUGGAUUCCCUUGAUUUGCUUGUGGAGAAGAGAAAAGAAUGUGGAGUGGCUGAUAACAAUCCAUACAUGUUUGCAAGGCCAUAUGCAGUGUCCCACUACAGAGGGUCAGAUUGCAUUCGUUACUUUGUGAAAGCUUGUGGAGCCAAGAACCCUCUCUCACUCACCUCUACAAAACUCAGGAAGCAUGUUGCUACACUCUCAAAAGUACUCAAUCUGAAUGACACCGAGCUUGAUCAACUGGCAGAUUUUCUUGGCCAUGACAUCAGAGUCCAUCGCCAGUUUUAUCGUUUACCUGAGGGCACUCUCCAGCUUGCGAAGAUCAGCAAGAUUCUCAUGGCCCUUGAGCAGGGGCGUUUAUCAGAGUUUAAAGGAAAGACCCUAGAUGAUAUCAACAUCGCCCCAAAUGAGACAAUCCUGUGUGACAAAGAAAUCCAAGAGGCCUGGCUUGAGGAGAACGUGCCAGAUUGCACAAGGGUGGCCUCACCACACAAUGUGACAUCUCAAAAUGAAAGUCAGCAUCCAAGGAACAAGGACUGUGUUGUGGACACAGCCGUGUCACCAUGUACUUCAGGCAGUCAGAUGCGAAAUGACACAAAGAAAAACUUAUCAUCUCCAAAAAAUGGUGACUUGUGUGAAUGAUCUGAUUAACUGAAACAUAGUGCUACUGUUCUUUAACAG